AUGAGGAGAGGGAGUAAUAAAAAUGAAGGAACUCAGCAGGAGGUUGAUAAAGAGACAGAAAUAUGGAAAUCAGCACUGGUUGUGUAUGUAAUUGGAGAAACACCUGGGUAUAAUUUCAUGAGAAGAUAUAUUAGUCAGACCUGGAAGGAUGUUGCAGAUCCAGACAUUUUCCUUCAUGAAGAUGGAUAUUACAUUGUGAAAUUUCUGAGCCAAUUUCAUAUGAGACUUGCACUACACGCAGGGCCUUAUACUAUCAAUAAUAGGCAAGUAAUUUUGAAACCCUGGACCCCUGAACUCAACUUCAGUGCAGAGUUUCUCACAGAGAUACCAUUAUGGGUGAAAUUCCCUCAGCUCCCAAUGUCUUUCUGGAGUUGUGAUUCUCUUAGCAGGAUUGCUAGUACUAUUGGUACUCCACUGUUUGCUGAUGAGUGUACCACUAAGAAGACAAGGAUUUCAUUUUCUAGAAUGCUAAUUAAGGUAAAUGUGACUAAACCUUUGCCCACUGAGAUCAUUGUGAUGGAUCCUAGUGGUAAAGAAGUUAAACAGGAUGUGGAUUAUGAUUGGAAGCCCCAGUAUUGUGAAAAGUCACAACAAGAGGUACAACCUAGAAGGAGGAGAAGACCAAGAAGGGUGGUUCAACAAUGGGUUCCAAAUGCAAAUAAGGUUGUAGAUCAGAAUUCUGAGAGCACAGAGCUGGAACCUACUAGGACUUGUACAGGACAAGAAGAGGGACUACCAACUCUGUUUGCUACCAAAGAUACUGAUACUGCUCCUACUAAGACUUGUGCAGUCCAGGAAAAGAGUCAAUUAGCUCAACAACUUAACAAAGGUAAUGAUCCUGUUCCUGCCCUAAAGAAGCCUGCGGGUGCAGUUGAGUAA